AUGGGUUCAAUGAGCCAGUUCAGCGAACUGGUUCAGCUAAACAUAUUCAUUAAUGGCUUGCGACCCCAUUCCAAGCAGCUUCUUGAUGCAUCCACUAGUGGAAAAAUCAAAUUAAAGACACUUGAUGAAGCUAUGGAGUUGAUUGAAAAUAUGACAGCUAGUGACCAUGUCAUCCUCCGUGAUCGAGCUUACACACCCACAAAGAAGAGUCUUCUUGAGCUCACCUCUCAAGAUGCACUAUUAGCUCAAAACAAGCUCCUAGCCAAGCAAAUAGAGGCCCUCACAGAGACGCUGAACAAGCUCCCUCAACAGUUGCAUGCAGUGCAACCUACUCAUCUUUUAGUCAUGCAAAUUGGGGGAUGCAACAUUUAUGGUGGGGUACAUGAGUCAGGCAUGUGCAUGGCUCAAAAUGAUGCAUCUAAAGAAGUCAACUAUAAGACCAAUCCAAACCACCAAGGGUUCUGUUAG